CGACAAACCCGCUGAACAAGGACCUGGACUGGGAUGGUAUCAACGCUUUCUGCGAGCAGCUCAAUAAGGAGCUAGAGGGUCCUCCGCUUGCUACCCGACUUCUUGCCCACAAGAUCCAGUCUCCACAGGAAUGGGAAGCUAUCCAGGCCCUCACGGUGCUGGAGUCCUGCAUGAAGAGCUGCGGCAAACGCUUCCACGACGAGGUGGGCAAGUUCCGCUUCCUCAAUGAACUCAUCAAAGUGGUGUCACCCAAGUAUCUUGGCAGCCGGACACCAGAAAAAGUGAAGUCAAAGAUCCUGGAGCUGAUGUACAGCUGGACAUUAGGGCUGCCUCACGAGGUGAAGAUCUCAGAAGCCUACCAGAUGCUGAAGAAACAAGGGAUCGUGAAAUGUGACCCAAAACUGCCUGACGACGCUUCUUUUCCGCCUCCUCCCCCUCGGCCCAAGAACAUCAUCUUUGAUGAUGAAGAGAAAUCCAAGAUACUGGCUCGUCUCCUGAAAAGUUCCCAUCCUGAGGACCUCCGGGCUGCCAACAAGCUCAUCAAGGAGAUGGUUCAGGAGGACCAGAAGCGCAUGGAGAAGAUCUCCAAGAGGGUGAAUGCCAUCGAGGAGGUGAACAACAAUGUGAAGCUGCUGACAGAGAUGGUGACAAACUACAGCAAGGGGGAGACAACGGAGAGCAAUGAGGACCUAAUGAAGGAGCUGUAUCAGCGCUGUGAGCGCAUGAGGCCCAUGCUUUUCCGGCUCGCCAGUGACACAGAAGACAAUGAUGAAGCUCUGGCGGAGAUCCUGCAAGCCAAUGACAAUCUGACACAGGUGAUCAAUCUCUACAAGCAGCUUGUGCGGGGAGAAGAGAUCAAUGGGGAGACGGUGGCUGGUCCCCUUCGAGGCAGCACCUCAGCACUUCUGGAUCUGUCAGGCCUGGAUCUUCCAGCAACAGGCCCUUCCUACCCAGCCUUGCCCACCCUUUCAGGUGGCUCAGCAGUCCCCAUGCCUGACCGAGCUGGCUCUGUCUCCUUGCUGGAUGAUGAACUCAUGUCUUUAGGCCUGAAUGACCCAGCACCGCAUCCUGCCCAGGCUGGUGACAGCAGCGGCUGGAACAGCUUCCAGUCAUCAGAUAGCAACGAGCUCAGUAUCACCCCUAUCACAGCAACACCACCAGUCAAAGCAGAUGCUGGCGCAUCCUCCCCCAAACCUUCUCCUUUCACCAGUGGCCUGGAUGACCUGGACCUCCUGGGCAAGACUCUGCUGCAACAGUCUUUGCCUCCAGAGUCUCAACAAGUGCGAUGGGAGAAGCAGCAGCCACCCCCCCGGCUCACACUGCGGGAUCUCCAGAACAGGAGCAACUCUGGCACCACAGCCCACAAUCCCAGCACUCUGCCUGUGCUCCAGAGUGUCUCCCCUAAUCCCACGCUGCCCCUGACCUCAGAGCUGCCUGCCCCUGCUACGCUUCCAAAAGCUGCCACCGCACCAGCAGGAAGUGCUGCAGUCCCACCACGGCCUCCCGCCACCGCGCUGCCCCAGGAGAUCUCGCUGGCCAACAUCACUGUGCCUCUGGAGUCAAUCAAACCCAGCAGCAUCCUCCCUGUGACAGUGUAUGAUCAGCACGGCUUUCGCGUCCUCUUCCACUUUGCUAAGGAUGCCCUGCCCGAGAGGCCCGAUGUGCUUGUGGUGGUGAUUUCUAUGCUUAGCACGGCCCCACAGCCCAUCCGCAACAUUGUCUUUCAGUCCGCCGUCCCCAAGGUGAUGAAGGUGAAGCUACAGCCUCCCUCAGGCACGGAGCUGCCGGCUUUCAACCCCAUUGUCCAUCCCAGUGCCAUCACACAAGUCCUGCUGCUUGCUAACCCACAGAAGGAGAAAGUGAGGCUACGGUACAAGCUGACUUUCACCAUGGGAGAGCAAACCUACAAUGAAAUGGGGGAUGUGGACCAGUUCCCCCCGCCGGAGUCCUGGGGAAACCUCUAG